AUGCUUUGGCUCCCCAUUGUCGUGACGACGUUCUUUGCAUCGUUGUCCCUUGCUCUCAAUCCGUUUGCAGAGACUUCAUGGGAAAACUCCAAGUACUACAGAAACGUCGAUCUCACCAAGUCGUACGUGAAAGAAUGGGCGCUUAUUGAAGCCAAGAACAUCGGCGAAAACCCAUUGGAAACGUAUGUUUUCACAGUCAAUGAUGGUUUCAACGCUAUCCCAGAGGUCUCUUUCCUCGGCGCCACGCUUACUGAGCGUAAACAAGAAAUCCAGCCUUUUGAGAUCGAGAAUGGCGUGUAUUUGUUCAGGUUACCUAUCCCUGUGGCUCCAGGCAGCUCCAUCGAGUUUAAGGUCAGAUACACGUACUCCAACACUUUGCACCCAUUCCCAGAGAAGAUUAACUUGGACGAUAAGCAGAAGUUGUUGGUCAAGAUGAACAAGUUCCCACUUUCUGGCUACCCAACGGAAGAGUACUCUUUGGCCUUCACUGGUAUCACCAAGGGCCAGGAAAUGGACUUGCAAUUGCUUGACAUCAAGCCAACGGAAGAUGUGCCUGAGUUGAAGGGUAAGGUCGAAGAUAAUCUCUUGGUUUAUGGACCAGUGACUGGCCAUAUCAAGCCGUUCACUAUCGUGCCUAUGGGCUUCUUGUACGACCACAACAUGCCAAUCCAGCGUGUCAUCAACCUUGAGAGAAGUGUCUGGUUCCCUGCUUCUGACGUGGACGUGCUCCAGAGCGAGGAAUACUAUGAACUCACCAACAACGGUGCUGAAUUGAAGGACGGUUUCUCCAGAGUUGACUGGAUGAAGGGUCGUUACGAGAUCUUGCGUAAGCACUUUGCUCUUGCCCAGUUGGAGUUCCCAAUUGAAGAGAAGAUGCCUUACGACAACUACUACGUCACAGACAAGGUCGGUAUGGUGUCCACUCACCAAAUCAAGAACGACCACUUGAUCGUGGUUCCUCGUUACCCUCUCAUGGGCGGCUGGAACUAUAACUUCACCGUCGGCUGGACCAACAGACUCGAAAACUUUGUGCAUAAGGUUAAGGACGAACCAGACACUUAUGUGGCUGCCAUUCCUCUUUUGAACACCCUUAAGGAUAUCUACUAUGACAAUGUCAAGUUGCAGUUGUACUUGCCUGAGGGCGCUGAGUUCGUUAACUUCUCGUCGCCUAUUCUUGCUGGUGAUGUGACAGUUUCCGAUGAAAGAAGCUACCUCGAUUUCUCCCUGGGCCACGUUAAGGUCACGGCAACGUACAAGAACUUGUACGACGACUUGGGCCAGCUCACAGGGUACGUGAAGUACAGAUACGCUCCUAAGGCCUACUGGGCCAAGGUUGGCCGUAUUGCUGCCAUGGUGUUCACUGGUUUGACCGCAUACUACGUGUUGGGUCUCUUGGACCUUUCAACGAGAUAA